AUGUCAAAUGGUGCAGUCACUAAGGGUAUUACUAUGGAAGCACUUAAAAAGCGGAAUUCCCGCGACUCCGCCACCCUGCUCGAGGCGCGCCUGGUCCAGGGCUCCAUCCUGAAGGUUUUGGAGGCCCUCAAGGAUCUCAUCAACGAGGCCUACUGGGACAUCAGCUCGAGUGGCGUGGACCUGCAGAGCAUGGAUUCAUUCCACGUUUCCCUGGUGCAGAUGACUCUGCGCUCCGAGGGCUACGACACGUACCGUUGCGACCGCAACUUGGCCAUGGGCGUGAACCUCACCAGCAUGUCCAAAAUACUGAAGUGUGCUGGCAAUGAAGAUAUCAUUACACUGAGAGCUGAAGAUAAUGCGGACACUUUGGCCCUCGUGUUCGAAGCUCCAAAUCAAGAGAAAGUUUCAGAUUAUGAAAUGAAAUUAAUGGAUUUAGAUGUUGAACAGCUUGGAUUUCCAGAACAAGAGUACAGUUGUGUGGUAAAAUUUCCUUCUGGAGAGUUUGCAUGCAUUUGCCGAGAUCUCAGUCACAUUGGAGAUGCGGUAAUUUCUUGUGCAAAAGAUGGAGUGAAAUUUUCUGCAAGCGGAGAGCUUGGGAAUGGAAAUAUUAAGUUGUCACAGACAAGUAAUGUUGAUAAAGAGGAGGAAGCUGCUACUAUAGACAUGAAUGAGCCAGUCCAGCUAACUUUUGCACUAAGAUACCUGAACUUCUUUACAAAAGCCCCUCCGCUCUCUUCUACAGUAACACUCAGCAUGUCUGCAGAUGUUCCCCUGGUUGUAGAAUAUAAGAUCGCUGACAUGGGACAUUUGAAAUACUAUUUAGAUCCCAAGAUUGAGGAUGAAGAAAGGUCUUAAACAUUCUUAAGAUUCACAAAAUGAAACUGAGCUCUUAGAGAACAGCUUCCAAGAUGCCAGCAUUUACUUAAGUCUCUUUUGUCACCAAAUUUUUACCUUUAGCUAUAUACAUAGAUAUUUUCUGUACAUAAUCUUAUUUUUCUCUUCAUCCUCCACAAUUUGAAGAAUAAAGUCCAAAGUUAGAUCUG